CAUCAAGUAGAGCCCAGAGCAGAGGAGGGAGAAGGCAACAUCCUUCAGCUUUGGUCCACUCUGCCUCUGAGGGCUGCGUUCUAACCGGAUCCACUGUGAGCAUCAGGUUUGGGAACAGUGUUGUAUUUAAAGACUCUGAGCCGCGGCAGGAUGAGGCUGGGGGAUGUGCGUGCAUCUCUUUUGGGCCUGAUGGCCCCCAGCUUUGGCAUGAGACAGCCCUGAUUUGAACUGUGGUUCUGCCGUUCCUCGGCUAUGCCUAGCUGAGCACUGUCACCUCUUGGCCUCCAUCUCUUUGUCUGUAAAUCGGGGUCAAUGUUAGUCCCCAUCUCGAAUGCUCAAUGAAUGGUGGCUAUGACUAUCAUAAAUAAACACUUAAAUGAGGAGAUGACACUCUUCACUUUGAUUCUGGUUUCAGAAUCGAGAUGAACAUCGAGGUUGGGAACGUUUCUUAUACGGGAGCCAUCAUUUCCUGGUCGUCCUCGGAGCCCUGCCUGGAGGACUAUUACCAUAUUAUGUAUAGGCCCAAUUGGAACAGCAUCUUCUCUGGCUAUCUUCGCUACAGCUUCCACCACGAGGAGAAGGUGCCUCGAACAAUCAGCUCCGUGGUGCUGGAACACCUCACCCCUUCCACUCUCUACUUCCUGUGCAUCAGCUGCAAGAAGAUCCUCUUCCCCUACAGGCACUACUGCACCAUGUUCCACACCCUGGAUAAGAGUCCACUGGCUGCGGGAAGUUCCCUGGUGGACCCCCAGAUCUCCCUUUGGGUGCUGAUGGCCAUUCUGCUGGCCUGCUUCACAGCAGUCUUAGCCUUCAUCUGCCUCCAGUUCUGGUGUAUCCGUUGCCAUGAGCCUCGAUGGUCCUACAGAGCCGGCCUCAUGGAGGAAGCCAAUGGCCUGGUGAGAUGGCCAGAGGAGGCCCCGGGUCUGGGUCAGGGGGAGGAAGACCUGCAGGGGCUCCCCCUGGUGGAAGUGCCACGCAAGAACUCCGGAGCUGACGCGGAACCAGAAGCCGCAGCCGCAGUGGCCGAACAGGAUGCCCCCGACGUGGGUGCCCUGAAGAGGGAGGGCGGUGUUCAUCCUGCCGCACUGCCUCAUUUUGGGGAGUGAGAGGUGGAGGGGAGGCAGCCCACAUCAGGUAGCUUAAAGCCCUCCACGCAGCAGGUCUCUGGUAAAAACGCAUCUGUAGACUACCUGUUCGCCUCCCCUCAAAUGUCAGAGCUCUGACACAUGGACUACCUGGUUGGAUGAAUGCCCUUUGGCAAAGCUUCUCUAGCUGGAAAACAUAUAACCCCCUGGUGUGCAAAGGGAGGAACAUGGCACCUCUUAGGAGUGUCCAUUUAGGGUAGGGUGUCUCAGUUAGGAAUUAAAAGCAUUAUUUCAAUAUUAAAACAAACAUGAAUAUAUUAUGGUAUAGAAAGUGAAAUCUGCAUGACUUAAAUAAAAUGCAAAACUUCCAGGAAAUUUUUGAGUUGAAGAUGGGCUCUUGAGUUAUGCUUUCAGUCAGCUGAGGCAAACGUCCAGUCUCCUCUGCUGUUGAGGGGGAUUAUUUUGGAAAGAUGUUAGAAGCCUUGCUCUAGAGUGUUUUCCAACUUUCAGCCAAUCGCACACCAUUUUGUACCCCAUCUUCACCUUUUUUUAAACCACAGACUAUCUUUACGAUUAUUAACAAUACCUUUUCUUUAAAUUGACUCAGUUUUUAAACUUAUUUUAAAACAUAGGCUUAUGCUACUCCCCAAAUGAAAAACCAGCACCCUCCUGCUAUAAAUAGAAGGGAAGAUACAUAAUAAAUAGAAUGAAAACAAAACAAUACUAAAUUUGACUUGGAUACUAUUGCCUACUAAGGACUCUGAGCUCAGGGCCUGCUCUCUCAUCUCUGAUCUAAAGGGAGAUUAGGGCUUCCCUGGUGGCGCAGUGGUUGAGAGUCCACCUGCUGAUGCAGGGGAUACGGGUUCAUGCCCUGGUCCGGGAGGAUCCCACGUGCCGUGGAGCGGCUGGGCCCAUGAGCCAUGGCCGCUGGGCCUGCGCAUCCGGAGCCUGUGCUCCGCAACGGGAGAGGCCACAACAGUGAGAGGCCCGCGUACCGCAAAAAAAAAAAAAAAAAAAGUCGUUGGAAAGGUAUUAAAGACAUAUUAGCACCAACAUAAGACUUGCUCCUUGGUAUAAUCAGCAAGGUUUGAAAGAGUAUUGUAAAGGGAGUUACUUUGUGAGUGACUGUUAAUUCAUGCCAUGACUGUGACUAUCUACAGUGCUGUCUGUAAGGGUUCGCUGAUUUGAGAGAGUUGCCUUGACCAGACUGGCUGCUCUGGAGAAGACACCUGUACUCUCUCAGCAUCAUCCUAAGACUUUCUAAGCCCCACAUUCAGGCCCAAGUGAAGGGCACUCAUCUUGGUUCCUCACACUUCCCAAUCUAGGGCUCCCGGCCUAGAGAAGCUCCUUUUCUAACCAUGCUAUAUUUAUCCAGUCACUUCUUCUUCUAUGUCCCUCUGUGCUUACUUUGUGAAAAUGGGGUCAAAGGUGGCCAUUUUUCAUGCAUCACACACAAAAAAAUCUUGGCUUUUUUGCCGUUGUUGAGCUAUUGCACCCUUUCUGUAGCGUUCUCCCACACAAACCCGCAGGGUAAGAAACGAUCUCCUACAUAUGUCAUGGUGAUGGUAAGACUUUGUGAAGGGUGUCCCCCAGUGCCCACCCCGGGUGUGGAAAUGGAGCUGGAGGAGGGGGGAGAUGCGUCUGUUUCAACCUCUGCUAAAUCCCCAGCAUGGAGAACCUGCCCAGCACCUGGCCUACAGUGGGGGCUUAAGGAAUGUCUGUUUAACGAAUGGCAAAGGACUGAAAGUUCAGAACAGGCACCACCUGGGAAGCUUUGUUAGUGUCAGGACUGGCACUGUGAACAAAGCAGCAAAGAGACAGGAGGAGACCCCUCAGCACUAACUCCGGCCAUCUGGGAUUUCCUUCAAAGCUCCACCUUCCCAACUGCUUCCUAUCUGCAAAUCCCUCAUCUUCACGGAGCACAAAAUCCCAGAAUCGCAGGAUGAUACCACAAUGAAUCAACCGAGAACAGGAGGCGAUGGGACGCCGAGACAAGGAGACCCACAGGCCUAUUUCCCUGCUUGCCUCAUAAAGUCCUCCCCAGACUGUUCCUGCCCAGAAUCCAGCCCCACCAGGUCUGCGCUCACCCUCACCCCUGCUAGUUGUGAACAAAUAAAGAUGAAUA